GUGUUUAUGGAUUUGUCUGGGUUCGAACCCGGGCCUGUGCUUUUAUGGAUUCUUAAUUUCCCUUUGUUUUGCGUUUUCCCAUCCCGAUCAAUUUUAGUUAUCAGGACGACCUGGCACUGUUUAUGGAUUUGUCUGGGUUCGAACCGGGGCCUUUGCAUUUAUGGAUUCUUAAUUUCCUUUUAUUUUUCCCUCUGGCUGGUUGACAGUUACCCUCACAUGGGAAACAUGGGCAGUUCAACUCAAUGGCAACUGGCGAGUUAAUAGUGUGAUCGAUCUCUUAAUAGACUUCUUCUCUAGCGCAUUAAUCAUUUUAAAUUAUAAAUUUCGGCACAAUAAAUGGUUGGGCUUCUCUCAUUUCCACGAGAGUCACGAGCUUCCUAUUUAUUUUGAGAAUUAGUUUUAAAGGGUUUAGUUUAUUCUAUGGAGGCCAAGUCAGACUGGUUCAAAUUACAUAUAUUAAGCUUAUAUUUUUAAGCUUAAAAGUGUUAAACAUUCAGAAUUGACUGACAUUCUCUAGAUUUAGUAUGUUACUUAAUGUAUGAUUUAAGAUUGAUCAAUAAGAAGAGAUAAUGUUCAGAUUUUAGUGACAAUUGAAACCAAGAAUAUAAAAUAUUUUGCUUUAAGUUUAUUCACAGAAAUCUAGUGCGGCACUGAAGCUUUGUGUUCAGAUGGAGCUUGACUUCGAUGCUGAUUUCGUUGAAGCUGACGAGGAAUCCUUGGGUACUCUGGUUAGAAGGAAUUCCAAAGUUGAGCGAGGGACGAAUUUGAAGGAAAAUGUUGCUAGCGAUACAGUGAAGCCUGAAAUGAACACGAACUUGGUCACAUCUGGUGGAGAAAAUAGUGAUAUUAAUUCGGCGAGUACUUCACUGGAAAAGGCAGCGAACACAUGUGAGCGGGAAACAAAAAUGAACACGAAUUUUGGCUCGUCUGACGAGGAAUCCUCCAUUACUCUGGUUUUAAACAUUUCUGAACUUCAUACAGGAAGAAAUUUGAAGGAAAGUGAGGCUAGUGGUUGCAAGACCAUGAACAGCGACAUUGAAGUUGUAUUCAACGAAGUUCAAAACAGCGAGGUAAAGCUAGGUGGGAAAAUCUUUGAGGCUGAACAAUCUCAAGUAACCACGGCGGAACAUACCGAACGGCAUGAAAACAAAGAAUAUUUUGAUGGAGCGCGGUUAAUUGCAUAUCCUCUCAGCAUGGACGCGUCAAAUAAAUCUGUAGUCUUGAAGGACAUGCCUGUUGAUUCGACGCAUCUAAAAGCCUCGUUACAACCAAGCGUGUACUAUGUGGAGGACAAAGGUUCUCAAAUCAAUGCGAAUUUGGACAGAGGAAGUGAAACUAUUGAGUAUGAAAGUAAAGAAACUGAGAACCAACUGAGAGAAAACCAGAUUAGGAUACUUGAGAAUAGUGCAUUAGAAGGAAAAGUAGAAGAUAUUGUCAAAAUUCUGAAGGAACAGCAAUCACAUGAUGUAAUUUGCCCUAACUGUGGAGCAUGCAUAACUGAACGAAUCAUUUUACGUAAAAGGAAGCGGACAAGUCUGGUUUCAGAAGGUAAUCCUGAUGGGCAAACUGCUGUAUCUGAGGAGGAACAUGAAAUAACUGAAGACCAGAGCAACAGGUUAGAGAUGUCCAUUGAACAUUAUGAAGAAACUGAAGCUUAUGGAUGCUUGGCAUGCUUGCACAUUAUCAUCGAACGCGACUCACUUAUUGUUCCACGCACAACUCUGGAUGCCCAACCAUCGCUUGAGAGCAUGGGUUGGAAUAAGGAGAAGCAUGAUGCUACGGAAAUGGCAAUUGGAGACUUUUGGUUCUACAACAACAUUACAUUUCACGCAGCGAGGUCUCCAUACUGGCAAAUUAUGGUAGAUACCAUUAUUGGUUGUGGUCAGCGGUUCAAAGCCCCUAAUGAUGAGGAGAUAAAAGGCCCUAUUUUGAAUCAAAAGGUGGUUGAUGUUGAAGCCAAAAUUGCUGAGCAACGUGAGAUAUGGAGGAAGAGUUGCACCAUCGUGACUGAUGGUUGGACCCAUAGUUGA